UAUAACAAAUAUUUGUCAAGGGGAAUGGAACCAACGUGAUGAUAGUUCUGCAAACCAGUUGAUUCUUAGUGGUUUGUAUCGUCCUGUCAUUUUGACAUCAUUUUAUAAUGUUUUCGUAACUUUACCCUUAACAAAUAUAUUCAAUAUAUGGGAUAUGAGUUUAACAUUAUGGUUUCAUACGUCUUCUUUAUUGGCCUCUAACUUCAAACAAAGCGGAAUAUUUCAAAUGACAAGUGAACGCGUUGCUUCGGAUUGGAUAAGUUUUGUACUAUUUAAAUUGAAUAGUUAUAUUUUUUGUUCGGCUCGAUUUUCAAGUGAACGGCCUGAAGAUAUUGUACCUCUUCCAUGCCAUCUUCUGUAUGAUGGUUUCAAUGAAUUGUAUGAGUGUUUUAGUGGGGAAACCACUCCAGUUUCAACAUUAUUAACAUUACUGUUGGAUUUACAAAAAGUUAACUUUUCUUCUUUUUCUCAUGAACAAUUAUCAGUUCCUUACAUGAAUAAUCUGCUUAUCAAAUCUCAUUACGUGUAUGAUACUUUGGAGCAUUUAGCUUCAUUAUCAUCCUCUCUAUCGAAUUUAACUACAAAAUUAACCAAAUUCCGUUCUUAUUUCAAACAAAUAGUUCAUUUUGAUAUUGAUACAUUGCCUGAUGAAGACCUGUUUAAAAAUAUAGAUCAUGUUUUAUCUUCGACCUAUCAAAUUAACGAGAUGCAAGAGCACAAAGAUAUGAUCACAUAUGAAGAACGAAUGCCUUUGUAUCAGCAUACUAUUACUCCUUAUCAUAACCUUAUCUCGUUUUCCAUCAUAUUUGAAUUCGAUAUAGCAUCUUGCACUCUUUUCAAUUUUUUAUAUUUUCUUUUUUGGAUGUCUAAACAAUUCUCAUCCACUUUUCGAAGAUUUGAAAUUUUUCAAAAUGGAAAAAUUGAUACGAUUAAGACUUUAGAACCAGAGCACGAUUUAGUUUGGUGGAAUAUUUGCGUUGGUGCUGGCAGUGCAAGUGAAUGUACAAUGGAUGCAUUAGCAUUAGGAUCCAAUGGGCAAAUCACACAACAAAAUAUAAAACAGUUGUUACAAAUUCAACAGGACUUUGAAUUAAAAUUUUCUAUUUCGCGAGCAGUCAAACAUUAUUUAAUUCACUCGAAAAUUUUAAACAAAACAGAGACACUAACCUUUAUCUUACAGCGUGCUUUUUCGUCAUGCAAUCCGAAGCACAUAACCAAUGCAAUUCCUUCGUCGUCAUUUUUAACUUUAAAAAUUGUAUUCAAUGCAGUGUUUUUAUAUGAUACCUAUAUGGCGGGAGCGCAAUUGUGUUCAUCAUGGCUGGAAGCAAAACAAAUGUUUUUGGAAGAUGCCAUGAAAAGUCAUUCAAUGGGUGUUCUUUUUUACAUUAAAGGAGUUUGUGAAGCGUUUUGGUUGCGCAGUGUAAAAUAUUGUGAAAAAGAAAUGCCCUUUAUUGGUAAACGCCAGCACCUAGAUUGGAAUGCUAUUUAUAAUAUUUUUCACACUGCAUUAAACGAUGAUGCAUGGAAUUUACAAUACGAUUUUUAUUGUUUCAAAAUGAAUCGAAGUCCUUAUUUGGCGAUGCUAACAAAAGAUAAUGUUAUACAUUCCUGUCUUCAUCAUAUUGCCGAUUUUCUUUAUCAAUUACGUGAAUCUGUUCAACACGCACCUUUCACCAAUGCCACAUUUUCAAUGAUUUCGUCCAUGAGUCCUGAAGAUCGACUUAUUCAUUUGUUAAGCGGAAAAAUUCAUUAUUGUCUACAUACUGCUUGGGUUUUAAAAAUCACUAAUGCUCCAGUCUCUAUUCAGGUUUUACCGUUAGAAAAUGUUGCUAAUUUUUUCGAAACAAUUAACGCGAUUCCAUGUAUUGAUAAGGACAAAUUACAACAAGCUCAAAAAAAUCUUCAUUUCUUUAUUUUUUAUUCCUGGUGCCAUACAUCCCCUUUGACGGUUGAAUCUCUUCAAAGAUGUUGUGAAUUAUUAGAAAAGUCUUCUCAUUUACGCAAAUCUGCAACUCAAGUCGUCUUUCUAUUUUUUCAAAUGAUAUUGGAUGCAUUAGAAAACGGUAUUUCCGGUGUUGAUGAGAUUUUUACAAUGAUGGAGCCUAUUUUAUGUCCUGGAAUCAUCGGUAUUCUUUUAACGUACAUGGCGCGUUUCACUUUAAUUGUUCCUCCCACAUGUAUCCGUUCUCGAUUCAUAACCCAGUUACUUCAUACAACUUUAAUCAAGCGUUUAAACAAUCCAUAUGAAGUUGCGUUACAUUGCGUCAUUAUGGCCUGCUUAUUGGAAAUACAAAUGAAAAAAAAAUCAAUCGAAUCACCUUUGUUUCAUUAUCAAGAAAACAAAAUACAGUUACCGCCAAUACUUUUACAAGGCCUUGCGUCAUUGCUUGAGCGAAUUCAAUUUUAUGAUACAACAGCACAUAACGAUUCCCCGAAUAUUUGGCAUCAACUACAGACAUUUGUUCCUAAUGCUCGAGGUAUUGGAGCCGAUUAUAUUGAGCUUCUAAACAUACAAAAAAAUUUUAUUCACAAUGCUAUACUGCAUCUCGACUUAUGUCAAAAAGAAAAAAAUAUACAGUCUAUUCUAAUUCCUUAUUUUUACUUUGGUGCUCCAUUAUAUAAUGAUCUAUUGAAAACGAAAAACAUUAAAAGCACGACUUCCGCGGAUUCUUGUUUAAUAAAUAAAGAUACCUUGCAGUUUCUUGAUAUUUUAGCUGUAUUGAAAUUAGAACUUUUAACUUGUGUGAACCGUUCAACACAAGACUAUGAUUUAAGAUUAUCCUACCAAAAGCACGUGUUGAAUGCAUCCGCUCAACAGACGGUCUCGUUAUUAGCAUUUUCAGGACUUGUUCAACGAGCAAUAUGGUGUUUACGAACCUGGACGUUUCUUAAAAACAAUAAAAUAUUUGAAAUUUUUUUAUACUCCUUUAUUUCGUCCCGUUAUGCGUCGCUGGACUCACUUAAAACAAAAAUUCCUUUUAUUUCAGCAAAGGAUAUUCAAAACAUGGAUUCAUCCAAACGUCUAAGAUUAACGAAAGACGAAACUCAAAAUGUAUACGGAAUACAAAGCACGAACGAUUGUUUGUCACAAACCCUUUCAAAACCUAUUUUUAAUGACGUGGAUGAGCAAAUCACUAAAGACAUUCAGCUGCUUACCAACAACUUUCCCAAAACUCUUUUUAGAGAGUCCACUGAGACUAUAUGGACUUCUUUUAUGAACACUGUUGAUUCGUUUUAUUUAGAUAAAAUCGACCAGUUUUCCAAAAUUCAACUGUUUGAUAUUUUCUUCACACUAAUUUUAUAUAAAGAAAAAUACCUUAUACCAAUUUCGACUGCUGUUACAACGUGGAUGUUAACUCAUCCUAUUCAUAAUCAAUUCCCGUUAGAUUUUAUUGAAAGACUUCUCCAACCUUUCUGUUCUAUUAAUAGUGAUCAAAUACUUACAGAGUUUUUUACAUAUCAACUGGAUAGUGGAAAAACAACGUGCACAAACGUUCUAUCUACUUACCGGAUACUGCACCUGGACGCAAAACAAUCCAACAUAAAUCAAGAAUUAUACCGUAUGUAUGUUCGUAAAAAAUUAAAUACCAUUUUAUCACAAGACAUUCCCUUUAUUAAUGUAUCUUAAAAAUUGAGUCAGAUCUUAAGACAUUGCAGAGCUGAAAGUCUCGUUUUCUUAAACAUUAUUAUUUAAAUAAUCUUUCAAAAAUUAAAAAUUUCUUUUAUCCUUUCAUUUCAUACAGCGUUAAAAUUUCAUUUUG